AUGGAAAAUAAAAUUGUCUCUCCCAAAGAUCAAAUGGAUUUAGAUCCUAUAGAGAAAACCACUACACCAGAAGUACAGACGACUGACACUCCUACUUCACGAACAAAAACAAAAAAGUCAAAAUGGGAAUCUGAAAGUGAUAAAGAAUCAGAAAAUGAAAGAAGAGUUAAUAAAAAGAAACGGAACAUUAGAAAAGUAUUGAAACAAAGCAUUGACUCUGAAGGAGACGAACAAAUUUCUCAUUCAGAGGUUGUAACAGAUGGAAUAAAAAGAAUAAGAGUAUUCCAUGACGAAUUAAAAUCAAAGACUUCUUCAAUUAAUUCAGGAUCUCCUAAUGCCGAAAUUGUGAAUGAAAUAGUUGAAGUUUCUUCUCCACCAACCAACACUGAAAUAACACCACAAACAACAGUAGAAAAAAUUAUUAAAAUUACACCAAUUUCAAAACCUCCUAUACUUGCAGGAUGUCGUAGUGUUGAUAACUAUGAAAAAUUAAAUAGGAUCGAGGAGGGUGCUUAUGGGGUAGUUUUUCGUGCUCGAGAUAAAGCCACAGGUGAGAUCGUGGCAUUAAAAAAACUUAAGUUAGAUAAAGAAAAAAAUGGAUUUCCAAUUACAUCUUUGCGUGAAGUUCAUACAUUACUCUUAGCUAAACAUCCCAAUAUUGUGAAUGUUAGAGAAAUUGUAGUUGGGGAUUCUUUAACACAAAUCUUUAUUGUUAUGGACUUUGUUGAACAUGAUCUUAAAAGUCUAAUGGAAGAUAUGCAAAGUCCUUUCUUACAAUCAGAGGUCAAAACUAUAAUGCUUCAACUUUUAUCUGCUGUAGCAAUGUUGCAUGAUAAUUGGAUUAUACAUCGUGAUUUGAAAACCUCCAAUUUAUUAUUAAAUAAUCGAGGUCAGAUUAAAGUUGCAGAUUUUGGUUUAGCAAGAAAGUAUGGUAGUCCAUUAGGUUCAAUGACCGAAUUAGUUGUCACAUUAUGGUAUCGAGCACCAGAAUUAUUGCUUGGCACAAAAAAAUAUUCUACUGCAGUAGAUAUGUGGUCUGUUGGUUGCAUUUUUGCUGAAUUAGUAAAUAAAGAACCUUUACUACCGGGUCGCGCGGAACUUGACCAAUUAGACAAGAUCUUCAAAUUACUGGGCAUGCCAAAUGAAAAAAUAUGGCCAGGAUUUUCCAAGUUACCUCACACCAAAAAUAUGCCAUUUGUUAAACAAAUACAUAAUACACUUCGUAGUCGAUUUCCGUAUUUAACCGAGAAUGGUAUUGAUUUAAUGUCUAAAUUGUUAACAUAUGAUCCAGCAAAACGAAUUACUGCUGAAGAAGCAUUGAAGCAUUCUUAUUUCACAGAAAGUCCAUUACCAAAAGAUCCUGAAAUGUUUCCAACGUGGCCUUCAAAAGGAGGUGGAGAAAGGCGUAAAUCUUUCAUUAGUCCUUCAGCACCUAAAGCCGCACAUGGAAUUGGUGAAUUGGAUGAAGAGGAUCAAUCAUUGUUGGGAUCUAUUUUUGAGAAUCAAGGAGGAAAUGACUAUGGAUUUAGACUUAAAGUAUAG